CAUAUGAAACCACACAGAACGCCCUUCUACAUCCCGCAGGUUUAGCUUGGCGGACAUUGUGGGAACUCCGAGAAGGUUCCCCUUUAAAAGGAUGGAAGAUUUGAUCGAGUUUAUCGACUCGAACUGUAACAGCAGAGCCGCGAACCUACAGCCUGGUGUAUAUGAGCGUGUUUGUAUGUAUGUGGGCGCUUUCUGGUGCGCGUAUUUGCCUUUCAUGUCUUUUGAACAUGUACCGGAAGCGUUCUCUGUUUUCCUGGCGACGCCAUUUCGUGUUUCCAUGCAUUUCCUCUGGUGCUCGUGUUGCUUUACACGGAGCAAAAAAUAUUGGCGGUAAAGAUGGUUAAGAUCUUUGUUGGCAACCUUUCUUCAAGUACGACUAAAGAAGACCUGCACAAUCUUUUCUUGCAAUAUGGCAAGAUCAAGGAGUGUGAUGUCCUGCGAAAUUUUGGCUUUGUGCACAUGGAUGAUAAAGAGGCAGCUGCAGAGGCUGUUCGUAAACUCCACCAUCACGUGCUGAACGGGCAGGCCAUUAAUGUGGAGCUGAGUCGAGGAAAGCCCAAGGGAACUACCAAACUGCAUGUAAACAACAUCAGCAAUGGCUGCACAAAUCAGGAGCUGCGGGCGAAGUUUGAAGAGUUUGGCCCUGUGGUUGAGUGUGACAUUGUGAAGGACUAUGCCUUCGUACACAUGGAGCGAAGGGAAGAUGCGAUGGAGGCCAUCAGCGCACUGGACAACUCUACCUUUCAAGGCAAGGUGAUAAACGUACAACUGUCCACCAGUCGCCUCCGCAAAGUGCCUGGCAUGGGAGACAUAACCGGCUGUUACGUCUGCGGAGAACCAGGUCAUUGGUCCAAAGACUGCAGCCGCGGUCAGAACGGUAGCUAUGGGGAUGGCCCAGGAUUCUACGGUGGCAGGGGUUUCUCUGGAGGAGCUCCUGGUUAUGGCAUGGCAGGCCCAGAAAUGUUUCCUGCUAGUAGCUAUCCAGCAGCAAUACCUUCUGCCCCACCAGUGAGCCACCAGCCCACCUAUGGGAUUUCACGUGAUUAUGGUGCUGAUGCUCAAGAUCAGUACCUCAGCAAGCCCGUGAGCACCUACCCGGAGAGGUCACCCAUGUAUGAGCAUGAGCACUACAGUGCCGUUGAUUUCUAUGAGAAGUAUCGUGCUCGGCCCUUUGGCUCUAGCUAUUUGGACGAUAGACAGCUCUCCAUUCCCCCUCCUCCCCCUCCCUCUUCUUCCUCUCUCUCAAGGAUGCGGGUGGCUGCCUCCAGCCUUGACCCCUAUGACCGCCGCCCUCUGCCGCCACCCCUGCCAUCCACAGCACCAUCGUACUACUCGCGGGACCGUAGCCCGAUCAGAAGAGUCAGCACUGGCUCUGAUGGCUACUCGUAUGAGCGCUCGCGUCUUUCCCCGGUCUCAAGGAGCACCUCAUAUGCCGCGCCGCGGGCCAGAGACCCUUCCACUGAGCACCCGCGAUACGCGUACUAAGCCACACAUGCCAAGGUGCGUUGAAACAGCUGGAUUUUCCUUUGCGAUCAUUCCUUCCACCUUGCUUCCAUCACAACAAGGAAACAAAAAAGUUUUCGAGAUACAGGACUGGAUUUGAAAGAUGAAAGACUGAAAAGGCACAUGGUUCCAUUAUCAGUUAUUAGCUCUCCGCUUACAUAUGUUUAACUCCAUCAGUUGUUAAUUGUCUUCAUUAGCUGUGUUUAUCAAAAAGUUCCUUACUGAUUAGUUUUUUGGGGGGCAUCAAGACAUUGCUUGUGUAAGGAUUCAGGAUGUUAAGAAGGUUCAUGUUGAUUUGAACCUUGCAUGUUUGCCUUGUGGUUUGCAGAGUGCAUAUUGUCCUGCUUACGUUUUUGCGUUUCCGUGCAUAUUGAGAAGCACAGCCAUUCAAAUGAGGUUUGCAGUUUACCAGUUAAUUGUUUUAGCCCUCGUGUAAUCUGUCCCUCAGUUUCUUUUAGUUUUUGUCGUUUUUUGGGGUCCUAAUGUGCUGUUAAUUUUUUUACAAAAUUUUAUCAAGCAUUACAUGUCUUGUGAGGACAAUCUGCUUCAGUUUCUUGCUGUGGAGAUAUGUAUUAGUGUAAGGCUAUGUCUUUCAAGAGCUUUAUGGAGAAAACAAAACCUAAAAUGAACAUUCCUGUUACUUUUUUUGCCCCCUCCCCAUCUGACUUUUCUCUCACUCUUACUUGCAGUUUGUUGAUUUGCAUUGCAUAUCACAGAAUACGCUCUUCUGACUUUUCUCUCCUGCAAACAGGAUGUUUGCUCAUCUAUGGCUAUAAUGCGACUAAAGGUACAUAGGACAAAGGUAAUAGAACUAACCUGUUUUUUCUCUCAGUUUAAGUGAGAUUUUUCAGAGAUACUGCAGGAUUCUGGAGGCUUUGCACACAUGAUAUAAAAGACAUGAUAUAAAAGUCAAACGUAUGAAAGAGAAUUAUUUUAUCUGUGUGUGCACUGUGAGACUUUGUACACGACCUCUUCCCUGUUGGUGGUAUGAGGUAAGAAUGCAUCAGUGCUUGUUCUAUAAAACAGCAUUCACCAAGGGUUUGCCUGAUGUCUGGGCGGCAGAAGUGGAUGUAAAGCUGUGCAUAAGCAAUAGAAAUGUGAUGACCAACUAUCGCUCAGGGCUCAGUUCACCUUUAAGAUUGCUGGUGUGGUGUAACUUCUUUAUGCGUGCCUUGGUAAGGUCGGUGAAACUUUAUAAAUUUCAUUUCCCUAAGAGGUAGAGUGUUUUAUGAGAUCUUUUGUAAUAAACCAAACUAUUUUUGGGUGAAAAUG